GAAUCAGCAGUGAAUUUAGCUUAUAAGACGAUUUAUCAAUAAAAACUAAUAAUAAACACAAUGAGACCACUACGUACAGUCAAAAUAGAGACUGUGGACUGUGAGAAUAUAGACGAUAACGAUGACCCUUUAGAAUUAAUUGCGUGUAGAGUAUGCCUAAACACUGAUAUAAAGUUAUUUAAUUUACACGAGUGUAAUCUAUCACAAACCUUUGGAGACCUAACUGGGACCCCGGUAUCUUCAACAGAUGGUCUUCCGCAGCACUUGUGUGUCCUGUGCUGUGCACUGCUCAAUAAGUCUGCACGCUUCCGUGCGAAAUGUCGAAGUACGCACAUUUUCUUGCAGGACUUGAGGGUGCAACAUCCUGUGAUCACAACAUCGAACAUCCGCAGAAUAGAUCGCACAAAUUUUCAACUAGACUUAACGAGAACUAGAACAAAGAACCACGAAUAUCUGCCAACCGAACAAGAACUAUGCGAAAGCCGAUUCAUCGACGACGUAGUUAAAAACGAAUCACUGCUAUAUGUACCCGUUACGCAUUUAACUGCCAACGAAAUAGACAGUUUAAAUGAAGAUACGUUAACUGAUGAUUUAACUGUGGUUGAUUUUUUAUUCGACAACGAUGAUAUAAAGGAGGAACCGGAUAAACCAGUAAAAUGGACAAAGAAAAAGAAAGAGUCGAAAAAGAAAUUGAAGAAAGUGAAGACGGAACAGAUAAAAACGGAACAGUUAAAAACGGAAGAGGAACAAAUGGAAACGGAAUUGGAAACAGACGUGAACAGUGAUACUGAAUUGGUUGUUACGGCACGUAAACGGAAAUCACAGAAGAGAAAGCGACCAUUUAAUCAGAAGUUUGAGGAGGAUUUUAUAGGAUUUUCAAAACUAUACAACGUGGACGUCGAAUUUCUUAGCAAAGAACAACAACUGGCGGAUGUCGAAGCGCGGAAGGACUCGGAUGCUUAUAAAAACGCAAGGUUCCGCUGUGAGACUUGUUAUAGAGGCUUCAUGACGGAGAGGGCGUUCGAGAAACACGCUGUUUGGCAUAAUCCGGCGAGCGGGAACCACGCCUGCGAUGUGUGCAAGCAAUUCUACCCGAGCCGCGAGAAACUUCUUAACCAUUUGAGGAAACACCGUAUGCAUUUUAAAUGUAGACAAUGCAGUAAUGUCGCUAAGGAUAGCACAAAGGCGAAACAACAUCACCGGUGGCACGAAGGUUUCAAAUAUGACUGCAAACACUGUGGCAGGAAUUUCAAUGCAAAGAGCACUCAGCUGAAUCACGUACGAGAAAACCACACACCCGUCACUUGUGUUAUUUGCGGGGAAUCUAUAGCAGGCACUAUUGAAUUGUCGCGCCACAAAACCAUGCACACUAAGAUGGUCAACUGCACUAACUGUAGUAUGGAGUUCCACAGCGAGGAGGCGCUACACCGACACGUUUCAGGCAACAACAGUUGCACCGGCAACAGGCAGAUCAAAUCUUGUGCCAUUUGUGGCGACGGCUUCAUUACCAACGAGCUGCUUCGGCGGCACGUCGACGACCAGCAUAAAGGGACCACUUGCACAUGCGAGGAUUGCGGCGCCACCUUUGUGUCAGACCGCAGCCUCUCAAUCCACUGGAAGCGCGUUCACCGCGCGCCCAGCGAGAAGCCGCAGCCAGGCGCGGCCCCCCGCCAGUACAUGUGCGAAGUCUGCGCUCACAGCUAUCCGUCGGAAGUUCAACUGAAGUACCACCAACGGGUCCACACUGGAGAACGCCCACAUCAAUGUCCCAUGUGCCCAAAGAGUUUCAGAAUGCACACUAAUUUGAGAGUUCACAUAAAUACGCACACGGGUGAGCGUCCGUACAAAUGCGCGCUAUGCCCAGAGACGUUCAAGUCCUAUUCACAAAGACACAAACACAAGUUAUUGGUACACACAAAAGAGCGUCGCCACAAAUGCGGCAUGUGCGAUAAAACCUACGUCGUGUCGUUCGACCUGAAAGAACACAUUCGAUUCGCUCAUAUGAAGAUCCCACGCCCGCCAAGGAACAGGAGAAGGAAAAAGGACGCAAUACCUAUGCCAUUAAACGCUUUGGCUAGUGCGCUGAAUACCACCUAGCAGUGUUGUGUCGCUAUCGAUAGGUAACUGGUUAAACUAUCGAUGGUAAUGACCACGGCAAGUGCAACACACACGUACUCUAGGACCGUCUUUAUCUCAAGCAUCAUCAUGGACCAAUUGGACGUGGUUAAGCAAAAAGUAUCCAAUCCACAAAAUUAUCAAAUUCGUUUUUUCGUGCGCCUGAUAGUAAGCCUGUUCAUAACAGUUCAGACGAGUACCAAAUACCUAAAGUCUGUUCUAAUCCAUUUUGAACAAAAAGUAAACAAAACUGUUUCAUGAUAAUUGUAAAGAAAUCACUCAAUAAAUCGAAUAAUUAACACUUUCACGUAUAUUUCGAAGAUCUCGUCACGUUUUCCAACAAUAUUCAUUUGAAUAGCAUCGUAAAAUCGUAUUUGAAAAAUGGUAGUCCAAAAGUGAGGUUAUGUUUUAAUUAUAGAGGUAUGAAUAGUCUACUGUUGCAUAGUGCUGUACGAACAAAAAACAUUCGGUUCAUUCAAUUAAAGGUUUUGUAAUCGAUUAGUGAAUCGAAAAUUUCAAGCGC